AUGCGGCCCGGCUUCGCGUAUAGAUUUUCAAGGUCUCUCAAGAUGGCAUUGCACCCGCCUCCUGAGAGCGAGAAGCUCAUUUUCGCCCCCGCCGGUUCAGCCCAAAACACCCGCGCAGACCAAUUCACCCUCUCCCGCCUCUCCCUGUCCUCCCUCCACCCAACCUCGCCAACGCACCAAUUUAACACCUGGUUCACAGCCGCCCAAGAAACCCGCGCCGUCUCCCACCCAGAAACCUGCACCCUCUCCACGGCCUCCCUCCCCAGCGGCCGCGUCUCGGCCCGCAUGGUCUACCUGAAAGAACUCGACGCCGCCGGCGGCUUCGUCGUGUACACGAACCUCGGCACCUCCCGCAAAGCAGCCGACCUCGCGACCAAUAAGCACGCGAGCCUGACGUUCUGGUGGGAGGCGCUGCAGAGGCAGGUCCGCGUCGAGGGUGUCGUUGAGAGGUUGAGCGGGGAGCAGAGCCAGGUUUAUUACGAUACCCGCGUGCGCGGGAGCCGGAUCGGGGCGUGGGCUUCGCGUCAGAGCCAGGUCCUUGAGCCGAGGGCUGAUGUGAAGGGCGAGGAGGAAGGGGAGGCGGAUGACGGGAGGGCGCAGCUGGAGGGGUGGGUGAAGGAGGUUGAGGAGAGGUUUGCGGGGCAGGAGAAGAUUCCUGUGCCUCAGUUUUGGGGCGGGUUGAGGAUCGUGCCGGAUAGAGUUGAGUUCUGGCAGGGAAGGGAUAGUAGGCUUCAUGACAGGUUCGUGUAUGACAAGGUUGAGGGUCAGGAGGACAAGUGGACUAUCAACAGAUUGAGCCCCUAG